CAUUACAGAUUACCAAACCAACAAACAAAAUUCAAAUUCAAACCUUGCUAUCAAUAAUUUUUUACAUCAAGAAGGAGGGAGACAGAGAAGCAAUGAUUAAUUAGCAUAUCCAACAUCCCUAAAAAUUGGAUCGAGCUGCUGCUGUUGCUCACAAGAAGAAGUUGUCCUCGGAGAAGGCUCGCCUACCGGAGCAUCGGAGAUGGCGUUGAAUAUCCGGCGUAUGCUAACGGAACGGGCGGUCUUGAAGCUGAAAGAUCGCUUGACGUUUAUGGAGAAAACGGUGGAUGAAGUGGUGAGUACGAGGUAGACCAAAGCUUGUACAAUCACAACACAGUCCGACUUUGGUCAACACGUCCGCCAUAGAUUGAUCCAGAACAAGCUCAUCGAUCGGCACUCAGAAUUCAAUUCAAGAACAGGGCUAGGCUAACCAAGAGUAGAGAGACAAACUGCUUCUAUUGUUGUAGUUUGGCAUUUGGGUUGGAUUCAACGUAACUUGGUAUUUAUAGGCAGAGAGAAGAGAUUAGGGGUAGGAUCGAGAAAGAGGGGGACUUUUAUAAGUUAGAAAUGUGUACUGUAAAUGAUGGAAAGAGUCACGUGUUUUGGUCAAUUAGGCCGACUCUUUCUUUCACUUGUUGGGUUAGAACACGCAAGCUAGCUAGCUAGGUAGGAUCCAAAAACAGGGGAGGUUGAAGAAGAAGCUUCUCUGUUAUGACAGUUAAUGAUGAUGACGGUGAUGCUGAGUUGUCGAGUUUUGAAUUAAAUUUGUUGAUAAGGUGUGGAUGAUGCAGAGAAAUGCAUUAUGAUUUAUGACAAGUAUUUGUUAGAGUGAGCAGGUAACCGAUAAGAUAUGACUUGUUAGCAUUGCAUUCAAAUCGGUUCCAAUCAUUUUAACAAUACUAUCUGGAAUCAACUAUUGUGAUUCGUCAUUCGAGGAUUUAGAAGGCCUUGUUUGUGGUAGCGGGCUCCAAUUAUUUUCUUGUUUAUUUGAUGAGAUGUGGGCUGAAAUAACGAAGUUGGGUUUUUUAUGGGUCGACUUCUUCCUCCCACAGGCUGCAACUCUGGGAUAUGCAGACGUGGAAUCUGGGCCGUUGGCGGGCUUUUCUGUGGACAGCGACAGACGCCAUUGCUCGAAACAAAGAAAGUGUUCUUGUUUGUUGCGCUAUUUGUUAAUCUUCUGUGCAAGCAACCCUACUAAGAUUCUUUGCUUUGUCAAUAGUCAAACUGCAAUUUAAACCCCUAAAAAAUUUAUGAUGAACAAAUAUUGAUGAAUAAACAAAUAUAAAUUGAAUUAUUGACGAUUGAAAUUUGAGUGCAUGCAAAGCUGUAGAAGAAGAAGCUAUUACAUGUCGUUACGUGGAUUGGCGGUUUCGACUAUCUGUAUUUUUGUUUUAAUUCUUCUAGAUAAUUAUAAUAUUGAUGACUCAUUGGGUUCAUCAACGUCUCUUCCCUUCUCUUUCUUCUGUUCUUCUUCCCAUUCUUCCUUCCUUGUCCCUGUUAGUUAUUUAGCCAAACCAAAAUAGAAAGUUUCAGUCUUUGUCUUUCACAUACACAAUUCGGAGAAAACCGGCCUCCAAACUUCCCUCUGCGCGCGCCACGUCAACCCUGUUCCCCCCUUUUCCCUUGCUUGCUUGCUGUUUCGAUUAAAACCCAUGAUGGUGGUGAUCAUGAUGAAGCAAUUAUUGCGCGACUGAAGUAAAAGAUCGAUAGGUUGAACAGCCAUUCAAUUCAAUGUGCGUUUCUUUUUCCAUUUUUCUUUUUCUUCCUUUUUCUGGUUUCCUUCUUUGUCUUUUCUUUUGGCGUUCUUUCGGGAAUCUCACUCUGUAUCUCAUCUCAUCUCACCUUGGUAAUCAUCAAUUUCUGGUCUUUUUGAAGGGAUUGAUCGAUUUUCCAUUCGUUGCUGUGGCUUCGUCCAACUGGGUCCUCGUCUUCCGAUGCUCUCGGUAAGUGGAUUUUCGGUUUACAUGUAUUUCGCGCUUUCUCUCUUAAUGACGCUGGUUUGUUAGGAAAUUUGGAGAAUUGAGGUUUCAGAAUCUGUUGUUUGCCAUAGCAGUUACUGGGUUUGUUGCAGAAAUGCGGUGAAGCAUAUGUAUAUCAAGAUGUGGAUUUGCUGAAUAAGCCAAGUUAUUCUCCGCUCUACGUGUUGCUGUUCUUUCAAGCUAUGUUGAUGAAGCUCAAAGCUUGUUCAUUUGUCUCUUACUCACUUCAAAUCUUACUAGUGGCCCCUCAUGUUCUUGUGGGUCUGUCUUCUGCCUGCUCGCUUUAUUCAAGUAUUCGUUACGAGAUACUGGGCUUGCCUGCUCCCUGUUGAAACUUGGAAUUUGGUGAUUCCAUAUAAAGGAAGGUCAGAUGGCGGUUAUUUAAUCAUAUGUUGGACUGGGGAUGACAGGGUAUUAUGAACACAUAUUACCUAUAUUCUCCUUUCCUUGAUGCCUUCGCGGUCUAUGUUGCUUAUAGAAAUGAGCCAUUUUUAAUUUUUCAGAAUACAAACGUAGCUUCCCCUUUGUUUACAUGUGCAGUCACACUGAGCCUUAUCUUCACUACUCCUCUUCUCCUGUCGGUCCUUCUUUCUUCGCUUAUGGUACCUAUUCGACUGGCUGUAUUUCCGCUGAUCGAGGAUAUCCCUUAUGUGUGCUUUAUGUGUCCUACCUUUUUCUGUAGAACAAACAGGUUGAUAUAUGCUAUUUAGAGUUGCUUUCUUCUUGUCUAUCUGUCUCUCUUGAGGGUCAUCUUUUAAGGCCUUGAAAUAGGAAUUGCAUCAAUUGCAUGUAUUGACACAGUAGCUGAACAUACUGCAAAUAGAACCAACUCUGUUUGUUGGUUAUUCAUCUUAAUAGAAUUCGUACUUUAGCAAUUGGUGAUGAACUUGAUGAAAAUUUGGCAGAACAUGAAUUUUGGGAUCAUUAUUUUUUAUCAACAGGGACUUACUGGCUGAGGGUGGACAAUUUACAAUCGCAAUACUGAGUUUAGCAUAGAGCAGAAGGGAGUGUUGUCCUGAAUUAGCAUUGUCUAAAUGGCUCCAGGAGGCAUCGCCUGCAAGGAAGAGAUAGCCUUUACAGAUGGUGAUACAGUGACAUUAAAUGCAGACUCGAGCUCUCCUUUUAGAAAAGCAGCCUCUCCAUUUGGUGGAAGUCUUGGGACAUCAGCUGGCAAUGUUCAGGAUUUACUGGAAUGUCCUGUGUGCAUGAAUCUCAUUUACCCUCCAAUUUACCAGUGUCCCAAUGGCCAUACGCUAUGCGAGAAAUGCAAAGCAAGAGUGCGUAACUCAUGCCCUACUUGUCGUGGAGAACUUGGAAACAUAAGGUGCUUGGCACUAGAGAGAGUUGCUGAGUCGCUAGAAGUUCCUUGUAAAUACCAGCAUUUUGGCUGUUAUGAGAUAUUUCCAUACUAUAGCAAGCAAAGCCAUGAAAAGAGCUGCAAAUACCGUCCCUAUGGCUGCCCUUAUGCUGGUGCCGAAUGUUCUAUCACUGGAGACAUCCCACAGCUUGUUACGCACCUCAAGAACGAUCACAAGGUCGAUAUGCAUGAUGGGUGUACCUUCAAUCACAGAUACGUGAAGUCUAAUCCCCAAGAAAUUGACAAUGCGACAUGGAUGUUAACUGUCUUCAAUUGCUUUGGCCGACCGUUCUGCUUACACUUUGAGGCCUUUCGUCUUGGGAUGGCUCCGGUUUACAUGGCUUUCCUGAGAUUCAUGGGUACAGAAGAUGAGGCGCGACAGUUUAGUUACACCUUGGAAGUGGGUGGGAAUGGGAGAAAGCUGAUAUGGCAAGGUAUACCAAGGAGCAUCCGGGAUAGCCAUAGGAAAGUAAGAGAGAGCCAGGAUGGAUUAAUCAUUCAGAGAAACUUGGCACUUUUUUUCUCUGGUGGGGACAGACAGGAGCUGAAGCUGAAGGUUUCCGGGCGCAUAUGGAAAGAGCAGUAAGAAUAUGCGUAAGACAUCAACAACAACAACAACAAAAACAUUUGAUUGGGUAGAAUUCAGAUCAAUCAUCCAUCUUUUGGUUAGGUACAGAUAGAUUGCACUAAUUUUGGUGAGAUGUAUUGAAACCGAGAUAUGCCUUCACUGAUGCCUGCUGCAUUGUCAGGCAAAGGAUUCGGGAAGUGAAUAGUAUUAGCUUAAGAGAGGGAAAAGGAUGAUAAAGGUAGUUUGAUGAGAAAGUGAAAGCUUAUGACUUUAGGAAGCGUGCCAUGCAGGGAGUUUGCUGAAAUAUGUAACUUGAUGAUGCAGGACAACCGAAAUGGAGAAUGUUAAUUACAGUUCGAACAUUUCAUUUUUUAAAGCUCACAGGCUGGUCCCGUUUGUCUAAAAUUCUCAUGAUGGUCCCAUUAUGUGAUGGAAAAUUACAAUACUGCCACCCUUGGUCACUUGUCCUGUGAACAAAAUCCCUCGAUGAAAGUGGAAAAUUCAACGAGAACUGUGAGAAGUGUGAUUACCGUAAUUCUUGUUAGCUAUAAGUGACGAGUUAGCUACUUACUUGAUGGUCCAGUUACCAUCUAACGGUUGCAAUGCUGGAGUAACAUCAACAAAAAACGUACCUCUUU